AUGACUACAGUGAACUGUGCCGAGAGAGAGACCUCCACCACUAGGGGGAGCACUCCCAACACAGCAGGUCCUCUAAGUGGUCCUCCUGACCGUGACGUUUACUGCAAGUAUUACUUCAGCAGCAAGCACAUAUGCUUCAGGAAGGUUUGCUGGUUCCUGCAUGUGCCUCUAGAUGGCGAUGAGCAGUUCUGCACUGAAGUCGUGAUCAGGUUCAGCAGAGAUGCAAAUCAGUCCCUCUUACAGCGCGCAGCUGCUGUGUUUGUCAGUUACUACCAGAAAUGUCCACCUGGGAUCCAUUUUGACCUGCAAGCUUUGAAACGUCUCCUGUCAACCCUGUUCAAGCACGGCAUCAUCAAAGACGUGCUCUCUGUCCUGCGGGUCCUCGCGUCAUACAGAAUUCUGCCACCGUCGGAGUUCAUUUUGGCCCUGUUUGAUCACUGUGUAGACGCCGGGCUGCCCUUCACGCCCGCUGACUUCCAGCACAUGCAGUGGUGCCUGGAACAGCUCGGCCUGCCAGCGGCACAGAUGAACAGCUUCCUGGCCUUCAAGCUCCGGGGCCUGGGGACAGAUGCAUGGAAAGCCAGCGGGGAGGUGCAGCUGGCCACUGCAGAGGUGGAGCGCUGCAGGGAGCAGGGGGACUGGACCAGGCUGGGCACCAUCUUCUCCAGCCUGUGUGCAUCCCAGCACAGCCUGGCAGACCUGCGACAGCUGAGCGGCCACGUGACCCUGGCUCUGCUCAAGGACUCGGCCGCCGCCUCGCUGCCCUUCGCCCAGUUCGCACAGGCCGUCUUCCAGGGCAGCUCUGCCAACGGCCUUAUGAGCAACCUGAUUGGCCGCAUCGGGGUGUCCUUGAUGUUCCGGUACUACGGCGCGAAGCAGUGGCACAAGGGAACGCAGCUGCUGGACACCCUGAAGGGCUUGGACAUUAACUACUCCAUGCUGAGCAGCUUGUUUGGCAGCGAGAGCGGCGUGUCCCAGGGCCGCACGGUCAGCGUGGCCGUCGAGCUCUUCCUGAACAGCGGAAGCAUGGAAAGCGCUCUGCAGGUGCUCAAAGAUAACGACUGGUUGAGUGGCUCCUCCCCGCUCCCUUGUGAUGCCGACACGACGCAGAUCCGCCAGGCUGUUCUGUGCCAGCUGGCCGACAGCUGCAUUCAGAAGGGCGUCCACCGGGUGGCGCUGGAGGUGUUGUCGAAGUUACCAAGCCUGAAGGAUCAAGCAGACCCGGCCGCCGUGUCCCAGCCUGGUGAGCUUUUCCACCGACACCUCAGCUCCUGUCUAGAGAAGCAGAACUUAACGGUGGCAUCUGAGACGGUGGAGUUAAUGUUCGCCAAGAGCGUUUCUGUGGAUAUGCGUCUACUGCGGACACUCAUCCACAAGCUGGGAAAGCAGAACGUCUGGCUGAAGGCUCGUUCCCUCUUCAGAUGUGCCUUAUCCAUGGGGUGCUACCCCCCAACCCAGGUAAACCCCUACUGUAGGCUCCUGCCGAUCCCCUAUUCGCUGACCGAGGUUGAGAUGGCCAUAGCCAUCGAGAUGUUCAUGGUGUCCAAUGCCGACGAGAUCCAUGGCCAAUCGCAGAUCCCUCUGCAAGUCGUGUUGAAAAGGAAGGAAGGUUCGGAGCUGGUCAGCGACGGCGACUACAAUGCAGCAGGGAACCGCCUGCUGUUCGCUGCCCAGAUAGCCAACCCCAAGCUGGUGAUAAAAUAUGCCACCGUCAACCCAUCUCAGGAGCAAGUCUUCACGCUGGACCCGCUGUCCGUUCGCAAGUGGCUGACCCAGAAUAUGAAAUGGGCGACCAGCAUCUGGCGUGAGACCGGUGAUGACCCACCAGCUAGUGACUGCCUCUCCGGUUAGCGACGUUUUAGAGAAGACAGGAGAAGUGUACAUAAUUAUUUGUAUGUACCAUAAAUAAGAUGAUUUUUUUAGGAAACACUCAGCUUGAUUCAGUCAAAAAGGUUGGACGUACAUUUACUGAAAGGUUAGAGAUAUGUUUACCUUUUAACAACCUGUUUUCAUUUAGACGGCAAGAUAUUUAUACUGAAACUUGUUCUUGUUGAAAAGAGAUGUAUAUAGUUCAACUGUGUUAACUGACUGGGUUUCGUGUGUGUGCAGUUACUGGACUUUAUUUCAGAAAUGAGGACUUAGAUAUCCUUAAGUGUUCAGUGGUUGACUUAGAUUUACAAUGUAAAUGUUAAUUGUGAUUAAUUUUUUUUUUUUUUACAAAUAUUGAGAAUUUCAGCCUAGAUGCGUUGUUAAAGAUUGACAUUAUUGCAGAUUAAAACGAAACACUUUGUUUAAAUAUAUGUAAUUGUUUUGGUAACGUUUAUGUAUUAAAAACUAUUAUAAAAUUGAA